AUGUUGCGCUUGAGCUUGCUGGCGCUGCACGUCGUGGUCAGCUGGUGCGCGUUGGUCGCCGCCGACGACACAGAGGACCUGACCUACCACAGCAGGCAGGGUCGACGCGAGGCUGUGCAGGGCCUGCACGAGGCGUUCAGUAAUCUCACCCGGCUCGAGAUUGUGGGAAAAGUGGCGAACAGUCCCGUGUACGUGCUCGUCAUCUCUCGGACACCACGGCGGCAGUUUUUAGUGCCGCGCGUGCACCUGCUGGCCGACUUCCCCGCUGGCAGCGAGCUGCUUAUCAAGUUGGCGUCGUACCUUCUGCACGAAUACGGCCGGAAUGAGGCUGUAGCGCGCGUCGUCAACAGUAGUGAGAUCCAUAUACUCUUCUGGCUCGAGCCGGCCACCGUCAACGAGACCCCCAAGGAUGACUGCUCGGCUGAUGACCAUGGUCGUGAGCUGGAAGGCUUCCCGGACUACUUCGAAGAGAAGUCGCACAAGUUCACCGACCAGGCCCACAUGCCCGAGCAGGUGCAGCUGGUGAUGCAGUGGCUUAAACGGGGCAGCUUUGUGCUGGGCGCGCACGUACGCGGCGGCGACGGUGGUAUCGCCGUGGCGUAUGGCUUCCAUAACAGCGCCAAGGAUUCGCCCAGCGAGGCUCCCGACGAGGACGUGAUGCGCAACCUCUCGAUCAGCUAUGCAAAUCACAACCAGCAGAUGAAAAAGGGCACACCGAUCUGCCCCGGCGGUCACCUGGGGGGCUUUCCCGGCGGUGUCAUCAACGCGGCAGCCUGGAAGAGGAGGCCCGGCCUGAUGCAGGACUAUGCUUACGUGCGUGAGGGUACCCUCACGGUGGACCUAGCACUGUCCUGCUGCAGGGUUCCCAGCGAGGACACGUUGCGGAGGCUGUGGAUGGAUAACAAGCACGCAAUCAUUCAUCUGCUGGGACAAGUUCAGCGUGCCAUCCGAGGUUACAUCAAGGGUCCUGACGGCACUCACAUACCAGGAGCCGUGCUGACGAUCCGCGAACGGAACGUGGGGUUCAGGUCCACCGACCAAGGGGAGUUCUGGAGACUCUUGCAACCCGGCAGCUACACGCUCAUUGUCAGCGCCAAAGGCUACCUGCCGACGGCCGUGACCGUGAACGUGCCCGAGUACGCACAGCAGGAAGCGCCCAUCGCGGUCGUCAUGAGACCGUCCCUCUACCCAGCCAGGAUCCUCCCAAUCGACAGCUACAGUACCGAGAAGACUAUUCCUGAGAAGCGCGGCGGCAGUGCUGACACGGCGUCAGCGGUCGGCGUCGUUGCUGGCUACGGCUUGUGCGUACUGGUGCAUGCGCUUGCUCUGUGCGUCGUCGCGGCUUGCCGUGGCUGCUCGACUUCGUUCUGA